CAACCGGAAGUCGGUUUGUACCCCGCCAUUAGGACCACUGAAUGCUGGUAGCGCUUCAACGAAAAUUAAUAAAUUCGCCUGAAAAUCUUCGAAACAGUAAAGCACUUACAACUCAUACUGUGCAGUUUAAAAAUAAAAAAAAAAAAACCCAUCAAUUUAGCCCACUAGCUAAGCCUACCGUGUAAAUAGCUUGUCUGCUGUGCCCUGUGAUUCAUCCAGGCUAGCGGCAUACUCUGUUUUAAAAAUCCACAAGGUUUCCUUCCAGUGUCUGAAGAGAAGUUUUUCAGGAUAGGCUCCAGACUACAAAGACCCUUACCUGGACAAGCUGUUAGUCAUAGAGUGGAGCAUGAAAGAAUAUUGUCUACCAUAGCUGAAAACACUUCUCAAGGCCCUGAGUACUUUCUAAUCUUUUCUGAUGCUGGGAAUUCAAGAAAACAGACCUGAUGCAGGGUCUCUGCCAGCGAGGACUUACCGUUGCAUGGCUUGUGCAGCUGUUUUCCCAGGACUUUCCUCCUUGCUUGUACACCAGGCUUCCCAUGCAAAUGAUAAGACCCCAGAUAGCCUUCAGUCUCCUGCUGACUCCUGUCAACAGCCAUGCACCAGUUGUGGAACCAUGUUUGCCAACAAAGAUAUUCUGGAUCAGCACAACUGUAAGGCUGUGGAAACCUCUUCUUCUGCUUCGGUUUACAUUAGUGAGUGUGGAUCUGACUUCCAAGAUGUUAACACCAUAAAUGAGCACAGAAAAUCAUGUGAAGUGAAUCCACAAGUUAACUCCUUAGCACCAGCAACUAAUAAUGCCAGUGAAAUCAGCAAUCCCAGUCAACAUGGUUCUACAUUUUCACCUGACAGCCAGAGCUUUAAUGUCAUUUCACAGUCAGUACCAGUUCUGUUGGUUCAUCCACCUUAUCAACAGCUCAGCAGCAAACUCGCUGAUGCUGAGAUGGGUGCAAAAGCAGCUGAAACACUUUCUCCUGUUUCACAGGCAACUGAAUUUCCUUCCUUACCUAUUCAUAUCUCAUCACAAGAUUUAUUACUGCAUACAGAUCCAUCCCCAAGUAAUUCUCUGUCUGGCAGUGAAGUGUCGGGAAUUGAGCAAAAGGAUGUCAGAUCACCAAAGAAAACCUUAAAGAAACUGCUGGUGUCUGCUUUUAUGGAAAGGUUACCACCAGCUCAGACAUCCUGGAAGCCUAACAAGGAACAUGUUGUACCCAAAACGGUAGCACCGGAAGCAUCAACUGAAGCCCCUGCACCCUUGGGGUCAUCUGUUCGGCACCUACGAAGAUUGCUGACCAAAUCGGCAAAUAAGACAAAAGCAGCAGCAAAAAAUACUCUAGGAGUGUUAAGUUCAAAUAAACCAUCAACCCAAGCAGUUGGAAAUACUGUAAAUCUGAAUGACACUUUUCUGCCUGUGGUGGCUCUUGAGACACGUCAAAAGCUGUUGGGGGUCAGCAAAGAUGGCCAGGAGGGCAGACAUCAGUGUGGCUUUUGCCGCAGGAUAUUCCAGCAUGUAGAUAACCUAAUACUGCAUCAUGCAGUGCACAAGAAAGAAAAAAUAUUUGGGUGCCGUGGCUGCAAGCAGCUUCUUAUUACUAAAGCAGCAAUUCCAUUACACCAUGCUUGUCCUCCAGACAUAUCUCGAAAGCAUGCAUUUUCAGAAGGGUUUGUACUCCCAUCUUCCUUGGGAAAUUUAGUAAAUUCUAGCCAAAAGUCCACACUGGAGCAUAGUUCUGUGAGAGGCCCUUUUUUUUGUCAUUUAUGCAAACAUGGUUUCACGCGGCUCUACGGUCUGAAAAAGCACAAAUGUCAGUUUUUUUCUCAUGCACGCAGCAGUCACCAGAAAUCUAAAGUGAAUGUAAAUUCAAGUAGUAAGAAAAUGGUGGAAAACCAAGAGUCACGGAUUCAUAAAAAUGUUGCUGUCAGCACCGAGGCCCCUGGUCUUGUCAAAGUGGAGCAGUUUGAAGGAGGUCCUACACAAGCUGUUCUUUUGAAACCACAAGAGAAGGGUCCUGCACGACCAGGUUCACCCAAAAGCUUUAUGCCUUUUAUAUCUAAAACAGCUAUGCAGAAGUGUCCAGCUACAGAGCUGGAUGAAAGGAUAAAGAUUGAGACAGAAGAUAAGGUAACUAAUAACAGUGCACAGGAAGAUGAUGAGCAAGGACAAUGGAUUGUACCAAUUGAUGAAUCAGAAAUUGAUGUUCUGGUGGAGGGAGAAAAUAAAGAGCACCUAUGUCUCAUGGAGACGGAUACAGGAGAUGUAGGCUCCUCAUCCGUACAGAAUGGCUCUUUGUCCACACAGCUGUCCGGCAACUAUCUGACGCACAUCUCUGAAGCAGGCAAGAAACGUUUUGUCUGCCAUAACUGUGGAAAAAGCUAUGCUCGACGUUUUACCCUUAAGCAGCACCUCAAGUCAUGUCAGAUACCUGCAGGUACACCAAUGCAGCAAGACACUAAGAAAUCCCCCUUAAUUAAAGGCAUGUCAUCAUGUCAGAGAAAACAAAGUUUUGAUUGUCUCCAGUGUGGAAAAAGUUUUAGUCGCAGGUACAACAUGGUCCUGCAUAAAAAGAGGUAUCACUUUGUGAAUACCACUGUGGUAGCAUCUGGAAGCCACUCCAAAAUGGAGGGUAGGACCAACAUUUUACCACAGCAGAGCCCAGGCACAUCAGGGGAGCCUGUAAGCCAGAAAAGGAUGCUGAUAAUUCCCCCACCUCCAGGAAAUGAGGACAGUGGUAUGCGAAGCGAGAAUCAGGCUACUGUGGGAGAUUGGGGCAUUAUGUCAUUGCCUUCAGUGUUGCCAAGAAAAGUGACUUGUGAGUGUGGGUCUGUAUUUACCUGUCCUCGGCUCUUAUUUGAGCACCUACAGAUGCAUGCACAGGAAUCCUUCAUCUGUCCUCAGUGUGGAGAAACCUACUGUUCCUGGCCCAACUAUGAGAUGCACCUGCACACACACCAGCGUUCAGUGUGCCCAAAUUGCAAACAGACAUUCACCCUCCAGAAAUCACUCGUUAGACACCUGACCAAGAAUAGAUGCAAAGCUAAUUUCCCAAAUGGGAAAAAAUUUGUCUGCUCCCACUGUGGCUUGGAGUUGUCCAGCUACCCCAGUCUCUCCUUGCACAUACAGAACUGUCAGCACAAUCCUUCCCGCAAGCUCAUCCGUUGUCUCACGUGCACCCGUAGUUUUAGUACCAAGGAGGGACUUCAGAAACACCUGUUCACCCACAGUCACCCCAAUGCCUUUCGCUGUCUGCUGUGCCAGCGGAGUUAUCCCAGCCUCCAGUCACUGAAAGACCACAGGAGAAAGGUUCACCACAUCAAACUUGGGGGUGUUCAAGCUGUACAGUCAAAAUAGGGGAGGGGGGGUGAUGUAAUGAAGU